CACCGCGCCGCUGGGGAGGGCCGCAGCCAUGGCCGACACCGCCGCUCCGCCGCCGGCCGCCGCUCCCGCCUCGGGCCUCCCGGCUGCCCCCGGCAGCAACCCCCUGUCCCGCAAGCUCAACAAGAUCCUGGAGACGCGGCUGGACAAUGACAAGGAAAUGCUGGAAGCACUCAAGGCUCUCUCGACCUUUUUUGUUGAGAACAGUUUGCGCACCCGAAGAAACCUCCGUGGAGACAUCGAACGACGAAGCUUAGCCAUAAAUGAAGAGUUUGUCCACAUAUUCAAGCAAGUUAAAGAGGAGCUUGAGAGUAUAAAUGAAGAUGUGCAAGCAAUGAGCAGCAGCUGUGAAGAUAUGUCCAGUCGUCUGAAGGCAGCAAAGGAACAAACCCAGGACUUGAUAGUUAAAACCACAAAACUCCAGGCAGAAAAUCAGAGACUAGAAAUGAAAGCACAAGUUGCAGAUGCGUUCAUAGCAAAAUUCCAGCUGACACCAGAUGAAAUGAACCUCCUUCGAGGAACAAAAGAUGAGCCAAUUACUGAGGAUUUUUUCAAGGCUUUAGGAAGAGUAAAGCAAAUUCAUGAUGAUGUCAAGAUUCUCCUCCGGACAAAUCAGCAGAGGGCAGGCUUGGAAAUUAUGGAACAGAUGGCUUUACUGCAGGAGACAUCUUAUGAACGGCUUUACAGAUGGACUCAAAAUGAAUGUAGGGCUUUGACGCAAGAGUCGUGUGACAUUUCUCCUGUUCUCGCUCAAGCCAUGGAAGCCUUACAAGAUAGACCUGUCCUGUAUAAGUACACUUUGGAUGAGUUUGGAACAGCCAGGAGGAGUGCUGUAGUCCGUGGCUUUAUAGAUGCUCUUACUCGAGGAGGUCUGGGAGGUACCCCACGCCCUAUUGAAAUGCACUCCCACGAUCCUCUGAGGUAUGUAGGAGACAUGCUAGCCUGGUUGCAUCAAGCUACAGCUUCUGAAAAAGAACACCUGGAAGCUAUGUUAAAGCUUGUAACUAUUCAAGGUGUGGAAGAAAAUAUUCAAGAAGUAGUGGGGCAUAUCACAGAAGGUGUCUGCAGGCCUCUGAAGGUUAGAAUUGAGCAAGUGAUUGUUGCUGAGCCAGGAGCAGUUUUGCUGUACAAAAUUUCCAAUCUUCUCAAGUUCUACCACCAUACAAUCAGUGGUAUUGUAGGAAACAGUGCAGCCACACUGUUGACAACAAUUGAAGAAAUGCAUUUGUUGAGCAAAAAGAUAUUCUUUAACAGCCUGAGUCUUCAUGCAAGUAAACUCAUGGACAAGGUUGAACUCCCACCUCCUGAUCUUGGCCCAAGCUCUGCACUAAAUCAGACACUUAACUUGCUGCGGGAGGUUCUGGCCUCUCAUGAUUCAUCUGUUGUGCCACUGGAUGCCCGUCAAGCUGACUUUGUGCAGGUUCUGUCUUGUGUGCUAGAUCCAUUGUUACAGAUGUGUACUAUGUCUGCUAGUAAUUUGGGCACAGCUGAUAUGGCAACCUUCAUGGUAAAUUCACUUUACAUGAUGAAGACCACUUUGGCUCUCUUUGAAUUCACUGACAAACGUCUAGAAAUGUUACAGUUUCAGAUUGAAGCUCAUUUGGAUACACUCAUAAAUGAGCAAGCCUCCUACGUGUUAACCAGAGCUGGUCUAAGUUACAUAUAUAAUGCUUUGCAGCAACACAAACCAGAACAGGGUCCUCUUUCAAAUUUGUCAAGCAUGGAUUCUGUGUCCCUGAAGGUUGCAAUGGCUCAGUUUGAUCGCUAUCUCUCUGCUCCAGAUAGUCUGUUAAUGUCCCAGCUGAAUUUCCUUCUGAGUGCCACUGUGAAGGAGCAGAUAAUAAAGCAGUCAACAGAAUUGGUCUGCAGAGCUUACAGUGAGUUAUACGCAGCUGUGAUGGAUCCUUCAAAUGAAUAUAAAGAUCCAGAAACCAUACUUCACAGAUCUCCUCAUCAAGUUCAGGCACUCCUUUCAUAGUCUUGCUACCUUCAGAUUUGUCAGAAUCCAUAAUCCUGUAUUUGUUGAGUAUUUGCAUUGUUAUUUUUCUGUUUUGCAUUUUGAUGUGUAGCUGUAUAGUUAAAUAUGUAGGAAUGUGGUUUUGUUUAAUCUGCUUGGCAGAAGUGUAGUCUUUCCUGUGUCUUUGAAUACCUCCUAUAGGCCAGAAAAUAGAAUGUAGAGUUAAGAUUUAUUUUAAUGUAUUCCUCUAAUGGAAAUGGACCUUGACAAUAUGCAAUCCCUUUGAAAAAGGGAGUAAAGGAAAAAGAAGCUUUUUUCCUUGCUGUACAUAAUCAUUUCAACUCAAGAUUGAACCAGUGUCUCGUAUGACCUUACCAGUAUUUUUAUUUACUCCUUUCCCAGUUCUUACCCUCUUUUCUCAGCCUAUCAUCAGUAAGUUCUGAUAACUGAUUUUAAUACAACUGAUAUAUUUUGACUAUCUCAAGUCCCUCGCUUUUACAGCUCAUAAAUAAAUUCAGAUUAUUAGUGCAGUUUUUAAAAGUCAGUUGAUUAAAUCUUUAAAGCAAAAUCUGUGUUCUUUUUAGGAAUUCAUUAUUGGUUUUGCUAGUUCUGGUGUUUUCUGUAAGAAGAAGAAAUAAUUGAGCUGCAUACAUGUCCAUAACCUAGUACUCAAUGCUUUAAAUUAUUUGUGUAGGUUUUUUUCACUGGAAGGAUUCAGUUUUAGUGCAGUUAUUGUUCUGUAGGAGCCCUCAUAUCAGUUGAAAUUUGCUGAUCUUUUAAGGCUGGGACCAAUAACAAUGUAGGUUAGGAAAGUGUUUUGCACAGCGGUAUGGCCAAUCCUCCUUCACAUGUAUAUAUUUAUUUCUUGUUGGUUUUUUUACAGACAGAAAAAGUCUUAUCUGCUCAUGUACAAACUUUUACACAGUUGUUAAUCCACCAAGGGAUUUUCAUGGAUUAAAUGCUUGCAAUGGUGCUCCUAAACCUGAUAGUUAAAUUCAUAGUUUAGUUCACCUGUGGCAGCCACAGGUUCUGGGAAUUACGUGGAAGAGCUUGGGUGUGUAGUUGUUCUAGGCUGGUAUGUAGAAAGCCAGGAGGGAGGGUUUAACUUCCUUCCUGCUUCAGUGCAAAGCUGAACCUGCUUUGUGUAGAAACCCAAACUAUACAAAGAGAUUUACAGGUUAGGGGACCUUUGCUUCCAAUAAAAGAGGAGAAUUGUUCUCUGUUGCACCUCAAUUUUCUGUAAAUUCCUUAAACAUACUCUUCUUUUAGGGAAGCCUCAUUACAGAGAAACCUUCAGAAAACAAAGUUAGUAAAAGGAAUUUGGGGUUAUGUUUUUUGUUUGUUUUUUGUAGGAUAACUUAAGCUAACUUUUAUUGAAAGCAUUUCAUUUUUUCAUCUCUGUUGUAUGUGUGCCAUAGAGUUAUUACAGUUGCCUGAGCUUACACUCCUACUAGUGUGGCUUAUCUGUAUACAUCAAGGAGGAGAUGAGCAAUCAUUCAUAUUGAAUAACUUACAUAUUUUAUUUUUAUCUGUAAUAAUAUUUCCCAUAUAAAACAUAUACUUAAUGCCACCUGAGUCUGCAGUUCAGUGUAUGCUUGCAAAAGAGCAAGAAAUAGAGAAGAGCAGCAGCAAUACAUUUUGGUCUUUUGGAAAAAAGUCCUUGCACAAGAAAUACCCAGUGUGCUCAGAAAUCAGCUUCCUUGCUAGUACCACAAUAAAGGAAUAGCUUCUUUUCCAAAUGAGAAUAUUUUUUGGUAUUAUAGAAAAAGACUUAAAAGUUUAAAUAUCCCUGGAAUUCCAGGAUCGGAUAUAAGUUCUUCUGUAAAUAUGAAUGUUAGAUUUAUUCUAUUUAAAAACUCCUGACCUGUAAGACAAAAAUUCUGUAAGCUUUGAAAAGCUCUAUGUGAAAAUCAUGAUGUUUUGCUAAGUAAGACACUUUAAGUUACUCAGCUUUUGCAUUAUCAUAGUAUGUAUUCAGAAGGCUGUUCAUUGUUGUUUAAUAAUGUUAAUAUUGCUUAAUAUGCCUAUAAUUAUUAUCUAAUAUGUGAAAAUUGCAUCACUUGUGAAAGGAUUGUAAAUUAGCUUGUUAUUAGAUUAACAUACUCAUAAGAAUGAACUUCUUCCUGAAAUUACACUCAACCUCAGUCUCCAAUAAUCAGUCAGUAGUUUGCAUGAGGGUUAGUAAGAAGUUGCUUCCUAUCUUUCAGUCCAUGCAGAGGCCUAUCCAUGGUUUCACCUUCUCUUAAAAAAUUGCCAAAGCCAUAAUAGUUGCAACUUAUAAAAAUUGAAGUCAAUCACUAAUUUUGAUCUGUGCAGUUAAAGUAAAUAACAAGGGGUCACAAAUGAGUAUGAAUGUCAAUAAAAGCAUUUUAUU